CAACUCCUUCCGCUAUCGUAAAUGAGUCAAAAGCGCCCAUGAAAUAAACCACUACAGCCUUUUCAAGAAUUGAAACUGUGCUACAUCGCCAUGUCUUAUUACACAUACAGGAAUCUGCGCUUUAAGAUAGGCCGACAACUCAGUCAGCAUGAUCAUCAACAGUUACUCGAGACGUGUGGAUUAGACGAUGAGGCUGAUACCAUACCAGACGCCCGUUCAUUACUGAAAAGACUAGAAGGAAAAAGUCAACUGGGAAUUGACCGACUUGGAGUUUUAAAGGAAGUCUUGAAUACUUUAGAUGAAUUCUCUCUGUUGGAAAAACUUAUAGAGUUCGAGAAGAAAAGAAAAGAAUACAAAAACUUACUUGCAAAGGUAAGUGGUGCACUCGAUAGCGACGAACGCAAUCAUCUGGAACAACUCACGGAUAUUUGUAAAAGAGAGACAUCGAUAGAGCUUGAUGAGAGCAUUUCAAAUGUUCGAACAUUGUUCAAAGAACUGGAAAAACAUGGAAGUUUAGAUUUUUGCGGACUUGAUUUUCUGAAAGAGAUUUUGACAGAAAUAGACAAGGAGGACUUGGUGACAGAGAUCGAGGAGUAUGAACAGCGACGAGAUAAGAACGAUAGAGCAGAAAUAAGAAAAGGUAAAUAAAAGUUUUGUGUUUGUGUAUGAAAACGCUUAAGGCAAUUGAGUGUAGUAGGAGCAUACGAGAGAUAUGGGGAGAUUUUACAGCAGAAUAUUACGUACGUUUUCGCACCCGCAUAUCACUGAACUGAUUUAACAUCGACUUUUUCCUCGAUCCUUAGUAGAGAUCGUGUCUGAGCGGUGUCUCUCGUGAUAAAUGUGUUCUUACGUUCUUUUCUUUUUAAGCGAUAAUGCGCUAUUGGGGCAAAGCUGUUGUCCAAAAGGCGGUACAAGGUAAGCAGAACUUUUCCCGUUAUCAUGUGAAGUAGUUGUUAGCUGUGUAUCAAAAUUUUCAAGUUAUCAUGAAGAGAUAUCUUAAGUUUGUCAGAGACGAUCAAUUCAGGAAAAUGAUUGUAGUGGCUGCAUGUAUUUCAGCCCUGAUUUCUAUGAGUACAAGUUAAGCUUGUUUUGGUCCGGUCAUUUUGGCCUCGAAAUGGAGAACAAAACAGAUAUUUAUAUGUUCUAAACAUGGAAACACCUGGAAGACACUGGAAAUGUAGUAAAAGUAUUUUUCAGAGUAUCCAGAUCACAAAGGAAAAUGUGAGGCAGUGUAAGGAGACCGAGUGUUCAACGCCAUUUGUCAUAAAAACUACCACCAGCUUGUACUGACUAAAAUUUAUCAGGAAGGCUUUUACUUUUUUUGUUGCGAAACUCGUGGAUUUUAGAACUUUGUAACGACCUACGAUAAAUCCUGGCAACUAGAAUUUGAGUCCGCAUUGGCAAACAAUACCAGCAGGUCUCAUGGGCAGCCAAGGCCUGACGAAAAAAUUUGACAGCUUUGAAAUUUUUAAACGGAUGCAAAAAUCGAGACAAAAAUUUGUCAUGACAAUUUUUCCUUUGAUUUUGUUAAGAGAAUUCUGGUUUUGUCUACUCGUGCAGAUAGCCCAGAGAGGCCCUUGCGAACCAAUUUUUAGGUCAUAUCAAACUUAUCCUAUAGAAAACUGAACAUUUGCUUAAAUUGGUCCCAAGCCUCCGUAUUACUCACCUGACAUGCGCAGGGCAAUUAAAUAUGCAAAGGGCGCCAAAGUCAAAAAUGGCGGCUAACAGAAUGAAGCGGGAGCGUAAGACUCCGAAGAGAUUUAUUGACGAAUUCGCAGAAGCUAAGACCAAGCAAUGCAAGAAAAUAAAAACUACGGAUAAGAAUAUUUAUCCUGUAGAGAUAAUACAGGUCGACAAAGCGAGAAACAUGGUCAAAAUUCAUUUCAAAGGGUACAGCGAGAAAUUUGACGAAUGGAGUCCAUGCGAUGAACAUAAUUUGCCCGUAAUGCGAUUGGAACCGAUGUCAAAACCAACCGAUGAUUCCUUCAGCGAUCGCCUGCAAACUUUUUAUGAACGCGUUUAUAGGGAGAUCAAGCGAAAGUUGUACUCCGGGCGCAGAGAGGAUCCAGAAGUUCGUAUUGAAAUUCAAGUCGAUGACGACGUUUUCUAUAAAAGUCUUGGAAGGAUUUCAUCCAAAAAAUAUCAGAGGAAUAAACUAAUAUAUGAAAUUCUUUCAAAUGAAACUCUGGAUUGUUAUAUCGGCACAAAGUGGAAUGAGCGGAUCAUGAAUGAAAACGGCGAUUUUGCAUAUGUUGUACCAGGAACUGUGAGAUUUUGGUUGACAAAAAGAAACCCCAUAGUGGAAUUUAAAUUAAUUGGCGAUAAAUACGUGAGAUCUGAAAUCGAAGACGGGCAUCAACUCGUUUUUACAUUUGUCCGUGGAGAUGGCAACAGAUGUGGAUACAAAAGUAUGGUCCAUCUUUAAUAUAUUUGAUUUAGCACAUGUUUAUUGAUUUUGAUAGUUGAUGUCAAAGAAUUAUUUUACUUGCAUGUGAAUUACCUUCAUAAAAUGUAAACAUGUGGUUAUAAAUUACCCAUAUAUUUCAGUCUGUGAUUCUGUUGUAAUCAAUGCAGUAACAUUUUUGAAAAAGACUCCUUGAAUGCUGUAUACAAGAAACAUUUCACAGACAUAGCAAAUUAUUCUACACAACUUCUACUAACAGUUUUUGGUAAUACACUCCUUUAAUACAUUGAUAUAUUAUAUGAUUAAUGAUUGAUUAAAUCACAUCUUGGCCUCCAUUUACCAUCUAUUUUAACAAGAUGUGCACAGAAAGUUGGAGCAUCGCAUUUGCUGCAUUUUGCAGUACAUGUUUUGAUGGUAUGGCCAGAAGUUGAACAGUUUCCACAGUUGUAACUUUCCUUCACCCUUCCAAACCAGCAGCUUCCAAAAGCUGUAUUCUGUGUUUUUUCAAGAAAAGUUGCUUUAGAGCAGAAACCCCUCUAUGAUUAGAUGAUCUAAAGUAGUCCUUUGAUACAGUGUUAUUGUACUUCUCCAUACCUUGCUGAGUGUAAUAAGAUAAAUUUUGGUAGAGCUUUAAAAAUUCAGGUACAUGAGCAUACAAAGAAUGCAUAUAUGGUGUUACAUCUUUUGCUUGGUAAAGGUCUAAGAAUUUUUGAAACCAUUUUUUGAUUUUGUCUUUGAGGCUAGAGAUAGCAUCAUCUGUAGUGUAAUUAAGUUUAAGAUCACCCAUAAUAUCUAUGAAAUUAUCCCAAAGGGCUUGCAGCUUGUCCACAUUAUGAAACUCUGGUAAUAGUAAGUGAAAAUUGAUAUGUUGGAAAAGCAAGAGUUUUUCAGGUCCAGUAAGGUCUCUGUACUCCAACUUCUUGCUGUCCCUAUUAAUUUUCCAUUCAAAAUUAAUUCCAAGUUCUUUUACAAAUUUCUCAUACCCAGCCAUAUGUCUAUACUUAUUUCGACAAAACCCAUUUGAAAAAGUAGAUACCUUGUCAAUGGCAUCUUUCCUGUGAAGUUCCCUGAUCAGAAGUUCAAUUAAAUUAUCAGAUAUUCUCAAAAAUAAAUGUAGAGUAUCAAUUAUUACAUGGUCUAUAGGAAUAAAAUCAAAUAAUGGAUUAGUUUUACAAUUAUAUUGCUUAUAUUUUGCAUACUUACCUAUUUCUUGUAAAUCUCUUGCACCAAGAGAUUUUUCAGUUAUAGACCACUUUUUACUGAUGUCAAACCUUUCAUUUCUUGGGCACUUAUGCCAAAUACAAGAGAAAUUUUGAUUAGCAGCCCCUAAACCACAAACACAGGCUAGAAACUUCCAGUCUCCUCCCAAAAAAUACUCAAUGCUAUACUUAUGACUAUUUACAGUUAUUUCUUUUAAAUUUGACAUUUCAUUAUUUAGAUCAGCAAGGCUUUCUUUAAGAUUGUCAUAGUUCUCUGUUGUCUUAAUUUUUGCUAGAACAUAGUUCCCUUUUUCAUUCAUUGCUGCAUCCUUUUCAUUCAAAAUUGUGUAUGUCACAUUUUCAAGUUUAAGCCUUUUCCCAAUGUUGGUACCAUCACCACUGAGCUUUACUUUAAUAGUAGUAACCUUUUCCAAUACUCCAUUUUUCUGCAGCCUUUUUAUCUGUUCCUCAAGACUCUCCCUGAAAGAAAUCUGUACUCCCUCUGCCUCCCCUGGUGUACUUCUCAGAUUCCAAUUGGCAUUGAGCUUAUCUAGGUGUUUGCAUAUUUUAUAUUUUGUGGGUAUGUCUUUACACUUCAUGGCCAACUCAUGCCAAGCUUCAUUAGAUAUAUUGAAUUUGUCCUUCAAGUAAACCCACAUAUUGAUGUCAUCAAUAUCAUUGUCAGUCAGUUCUCUUGGCUCUGUUUCCAAUUGUAACUCUCCCUCUUCUACCAAUGAAAUAGUUUCAUAUUGUUGAGUGUCAUUAUUAAAUACCUCAAUCUUGGUGGCAAUAAAAUUAUAGAGGCCUAAAAAUGACAGUGCUGAGUGGCAGUCUUCUUUAAAUCCUCGCCUUAAUCUUGCCUGAUGUUGUUUGGUAUAAUCAGUGAAACGUUUGCUUUUGUUUGGACCUCUUUGUCCCUUUUUUUGCAUUCUUGCUGCUUUUUUCGCUAAUCUUUUGAAUUUUUGUUUGUAUUGUUCUUUUCUGUUUUCCGAAUCCCUAAUAACAUCUUCAAGCUCCUGCUCAAUUUUUAAUCGCUUAGCCUGCUCUGCGGCUAAAUCCAGUUCAGCUUUCCUUUUCUGCCCACGAAGCUGUUGGUUUUCCUCAAUCAAUGAGUUGUUUUCGAGCUCAUGAUAGAAAAUUUUGAAGGAGUAGUUUUUUGCCUUCCACGCAUCAAUAAGCUUCUUUAUACUUUUCCCCCCACUUUUUGACGCUUUCUUGAACGCUGAGUGGAGGAGAGAAAUCUUUUUCCUGAAGACGUUGAGAAUUGCGCCAAAUUUAUUGUUUUUUUCGUAUUUCGCGGUAAUGACCAGUUAUAGGCAUGCGCUUUAAGGUUAUAGCCCCAGACUCCAUGGCCACUGCUUGCAUGUGGUGUGAACCCCUCUUCGACAUGUCUGAAUCGCUAACCAUAAGUCUCAAAAACCCGAACGAAAUAUUUUAAUGAUUGCCUUCAAAUGCAGUGGUAUAGAAAGCUUAUGUACGUUAGUUUUAGAAACUGAAGGUAAGAAAGAUAGCAAUUCAAAUGAAAUACACGAAAAAGAGGAAAAUGUUCGAAAAUUAGCGUGUUUUUGACUGACCUUAGACUGCGUGACAUGUCACGAAAAUCUACAGAGGCAGAUGUUAAACAUAAGUUUGAUAUGAAAUAAUAGCCUUCACAUUCGAGAAAUUAAAAAUAUAUUACUCGUGUGAUCCGAAGCUGAUCCGACUACAACUAUGUUUCCGAAAACUUCGAAAACAUCUCCAGUAAGUCUGGCUUUCUCUCACUGCCUCACAUUUUCCCUGGUGCUCUGGGUGCUAACAAGUACUUUCGCCGCAUUUCCAAUGUUUCCGAAAAUGUUCCGAUGUUUAGCACAUUCCAAUAACUGUUCUAUUUUUUCCAUAUCGGGGCCCUAAUGACCAGACCAAAACAAACUUAACUUGUACUCGAAGAUUUCGCUGGAUAGCUGGUAGUACUUCAAAUGACUCGAUACGUCGUCUCGGCAUUCCAGGAGAGAAAUCAGGGCUGAAAUACCCGCAGCCACUACAAUGUUUGCUUUUCAUGAAUCAAGAAAACAUUUUAAAAGAUAAGAUUCUUAGUAAAAUGUAAAAUUCUACAGUCAAUUUUCAUAACCUUCGACUCGUUCGUUACAUUAACUUUAAUUUUUAACUCGUGAAUUGCGCGCAUGCGCGAGAGCGAGUUGUAGAUAUGAUGUGGAGAAUGGCACUCGCUCGCUCGCUCGAUUGGUCCAUUCCUGUAAAUUUUUUUUUCGACUUUAGGCUUUUGAGUGUAUUUGAUAGUUUUUGGCUGGUAAUAAACAAACGAAAUGGCGACCUUUGGUGCUAAGAACAGCGGUGAGGUGAAAAAGAAGCCAAUGAUAAUCUUAAAAGAAUUUAUUUUUUUUCGUUUUAGUUUCAACAAGCAGCGCUAGCGACUGGCAGGCGUGCGAGGGUUCACACUGAAAUAAUAGAACAACCUUGUUUUUCAUAAAAUUAUAAUUUAGAUUCCUUGACCUUGAAACAAUCCGAAGAUUCAUUAAAAAUAUCACUUACUCCAAAGCGCUCGGAGUCUACAGGUGUUCAAAAGCUUUUUCUGUUAUGGCGUGAGAUUGGGGACAAGAUCGAUCAUUACAUUUCGUAUCGUGUGUUUUUUCUGCGUGAAGUAACAGAAGGUGCCGGCGACUGACGAAAUUACAGAUUAACGCGAAAAUCAAAUAGCACCAAGACAAAUAAUUUUGGUUACCGAUUUUCAGGGAAUUUUUAAAGAACAAUUUUCUUUUAAGUUUCAAGACAAUUUGAAGAUUCAAAAUAAAUGCCACGUACUAACAUGCGAAAGUUAUACGCUACAAAUUGAUAAAUAGGCCUGAAAUGAAAUUCCAUCUUCUUGUUGAUUAUACGUUGCCUACGUGACCAAAAUCUACCCAGGCGGAAAUCGAAAAUGACGGUGGCAGUCUGGGCUUAGUUAUAUCACUCAAAACCCGUUCCCGUUUGUCUCAUUUGAGGAACAGAGGGAAUAGACGGUAAAUUUCACUUUUCACCCAUGUGGGGAAUAGGUUAAGAAGGCCCACAACUUCCUCAGUCUUCACUUUCAGGUUUUUUAACCACAGUUUUUCCUUUUCUCCUACAAAAAUAAUCCACCUCUCACUGGCAUCAAUCGAGCGAACCCUAAUCUAUGGCACACCUUGAAUAAACAUGAGCUGAUUGGCUAAAACGAUAUUGCUGACAGAAAAAUAACAAACGUACUCUAUUUCACAAUAACACGUGGAAUAACGUGAUCUUUGCCAUUCAGAUAAAAAUAAACACCUUCAAAGAUUGGCAGUUCGGGACAAAAAAAACAUUAAAAGCCCUAUGCUAUUAUCGAGUUUCCGACACCCACAUUUGUUUCCAACCUUUUCUUUUGAAGCAGAAACAAAAAUGAUAUAUGUUUAAAACACAUGACAUCAUCUACCCUGGUCAAAUGUCAUAGCAUGAUCAUUUCAAUUGUAAUGCCUUCUUAUCCCAACAUAAUCCAAAAAAUCAUGUGUCAAUUCACGAGUUUGCUCACAGAGCACUUUGAUUUUUAAUUAAUUUUGGUUCCGCGAUAUGGGUCAUGUGACAAGGGAGAAAUGUGCACGAUCACGCCACGCAACACAUCAAGUUGACGGUCACAAGGAAAUGUCGAGUUUGUCGGUCAAAACCGUAGUGGUCCAUAAGACCGUAAAAUUAUGAAAAUAAAUUUGCAGAAAGGAGGGCUAGUUCAUCGCGUUCCGUUUGCAAAAUCUUGGAAGAAACUAUAAUAAUUCUUUCAGAGUGAAUGCGUGUUGUCUUGGUGAAUAACACUGUAACGUAUUUCAACUUGUUCGUGCGUCCUUUUGAUCUUCUCCACACAGUGCGUAGUUGGUGAACAGAUAUUUUAACGAAAAUUAUCGAGAAGGCGCCUUUCGAUCACCUUUGUUUACUUUCUAAGUCACACAAGCGCGCAAGCGUUACGACCGAUCACGUUUGCGCAACGUUUUAGGACAACUCGGCAUCUAUUCUCCAUUCAGUUGUAAUGAAAACCUGAAAUCCUUAACGUAGAGGAUAAACAAACGAAGUUUGAACGUUCAAAAGGAGAUCUUCGUCGAGUUUCAGAAAAGCAAAUAAUCAUUGACACGAGCGCAAUUGAGCAAACACAUGGAUUUGCGUUGUUUUUAAGAUGUUGGUGGAUGAAAGCUACAGAUAUACCCGCCGGUUUGAGGCAAUCGGUGACCUCAUUGGUGUAUAAACUAUACACUGAUAUGCUUUUUUAGCCCAAUUGACGCCUGCAUUUUGAGAUUUCUUUCGUACAAAUAGGUGAAUUUUGAUUUGCAAAUAAAGGUCGAAGAGAAGGCUCUCCUUUGAUCACGCUUGUAAGAAAAAUAUUUCAGCUGAAGUUUCUAUAUUUUGUCUGUGAACUAAUUGAAGGCACCUUGUAACUUGUAGCAAGAUAAAAUUCCGUGAGCUAUAUUAUUGCAGUCGCUGCUAUCGCCCAGAAUGCCGCGACACAUCCGGGACCUUUUGCGUAGCCAAUAGCGCUAAAUUUGAAUUCUCGUAAUUGAAAAACAGGCGAAACAAUAAAGAAAAUGGCCGAAAACGGCCUAAUGCCUAGUGUGUUUUACCAAUUUUUACACAACUUAGCCCACUUAGCGAUAAGAUACCCUCUGGCUUUUGUGUUCAGCUUUUAUUUAAGACGCUCAUCCAAGUCGUUGGUCUUCGAUAAGUUUUAUCAAAGUGAUCUUGAAAAUGCGACCGUUUCGCUCAGCAUUCGUAUGGAAUAUGAACUGAUUAGUAUUCAGAUUGAUUUUUUCCUCCACAAAAGUACUUCGUGACUUAGGUACCCUCUGGUAAAGUAAGUUUGAUAUCUCAACUAAGAUUUGGUGGAAUUUCGCGUUAAUACGAUGGUCACAAGUGUUAUCAAAAAGAUCAUCUCCAAAAGCUACACCGAAAUGUCCUAAAAGCCCUCGAAAGUUGUUCCCUUUGGACUCCCAAGAGAGUUCCAGGAGAGUUUUUGCCCCACCUCUGUAGAAAAUAGGACGCACUUUCGCCUGACGAAGCAUUGUUAAGAAGCUUUGUCAUGUCACACAUGUGCGCCAAAUUUAAAUUGAAGAGUUAUAAACAUCUUUGUUAACACACCCUAUCAUCAGAUCACAAUUGUGCCUCAUACCGUCCAGAUAUUGAAAUGUUUUCCGAGCAAGAAAUGCAGCGCGUUGAUCGGGAGCUCUCUUUAGAGCUCACAGAAUCCCCGAUCAACCCUGCCUUCAUUCACAUGUCUGCACCUUUAGUAAAUGGCUACGAUCCACUAUACGGGGGCUCGCCAAAACCACAAUUAAGACAAAGAUUGAAUGAAACUAAAAUUUCAUUUGACCAAAGAUUAGCUGGCUUUCUGAACAUUGCUUUUUAUAACCUUCAAUCAGGCGUUUUUUUUGUUGUCAGUCCGCAACCGCAAGCCUUUCACACUCGAAAACCGUCUGAUUACAAGUUACGCUUUUCAAACCGCCUAUUCUUCAUGACACUAUUUUCUAAAUUUUUCUAUGUCCUAUUUUCAUGAUACUAAUUUUUAUAAUCCCGAUAACAUUUUGACCAACGGGAGUCUGUCAGUCCAUAUAAGAAUUCGCUGCAAACGAAUUUGCUGAACGCUUUGUUAAGAGCGUGGCUAUUGUUAAUUAUUGCUAUUGUUCACUUUAUGUCACCUUGGGAUUUACUUUACGCAUCCAACCGUUUGAUUGACAGCAGCUGAAAUCUGUCAAGAGACUCACUUACUCUCAAAGCUUUACCUGCUGACCAAUCACGACCGACUAGUUCAGGAUAUGCAAAUUAUUAUGCUGCCCGCUGAUUAAAUGGGCACUGCAAGUACAUGUCGCGAAAGACAAUAGCAUUCUGGGCGAUGGCGCGCUGGAUAAAAUCUGUGAAACUUACACUUUCGAUCGCUGUCCACACGGGUGUACUGGCCAAAAAUCAUUUUUGGAUUGCGGCGACGCGAAAAAAGAGAAUUGGAGAUGUUUAUCAGGUAAGUAAAUGUUUUGCCCUUAAACUGUGCAAGUGUUGUGAGCUCAUGUAUAUCUCCUGACACUUUGUUCCAGGCACACGCAGCCGAGAAUUCAAACGAGGUCUGUCCACAUUUAGUCUUAACGUGUGGCCGGCGGUAGAUCUAAUAAUGUUGGAUCUCUGAAGGAUCGACAAUGUCUUUGUGAUCGUUUCAUUAAGUAACUGUCAACUGCUUAGGGCAGUUAAUGUUGUUAAUAAUCUUUUAAACAUACUAUAGCUUGAUAAAAAGGCGUCUACUGUGCAGUGAUAACAAUUGCAAUUUAGCGCGCAUCUCCUAAGUACAUGUCUUACGGCCAGCAUGCAAUAUUAUUCGCAUUCUUGGUUUUGCAGGCGCUCUAAGCGUUGGACAUUUGCUUUGCUACAUUCGCCCAUACAUUACAACCAUAGUCUAACAAAGAUAGAUAUCACAGAUAGCACAAACGAUUCAUGCACUUCUGAGAUACAGGGAGGAAUGGAAAUUGGUCUGUAAUUAUCACGUUCAGUCUGGGGCCCUCCAUUAAAAAAAGUAGUUACUCUUGCCGUUUUCCAGGUGGACGGAAAGCGGCCGCAUCUGAAGGAUGUGUUGAAUAACUUAGCUACAACAUUGCUAAUGUAUGGUGCAGCAGUUCUAAUGACUUUGGCUGGAAUGGUGUCUGCACCUGUAGCCUUAGAUAUGUCCAUGGUUCGGAGAGCCUUGAAAACGUCGUUUUCACUCACGGCACGAAAGAUGAAGCUGUGACUGGGAACCGUUAAAGGGCUCGCCUGUUGUAGCUCAACUGGGUAACCGUGGGACUGCUGACUAGCUAACAUCGAGGAAGCAAUUGUUGUAAAAAACUUGUUCAGUGAUUUGCGAUGUAACGCUUGUCGAUUAGCUCUUCACCAUUGACCACUAAUUUGUUAAUCUCAAGAGCAGUUUUUCUUAGAGGGCAAGACUUGACGUGAUGUGGCCCAAAAGGCCUUGGGCUUACUGCGGUUUUCCUCGACCUUAUUUCUAAAAUAUUUCUUCCUGGCUUUCCUGUUCAUAGCGAGGGGAUUUAUAUUCAUUCCAAUCCGAAGACAGCCGCGACUCUCUUGCCCCCCCGUGUACUUGAUCGCGUGUUCUCAUGAGUUUAAGAACAGUACUAUAUAUAUCUAAAUGUUUAAGAAAGAGCUUGCCUAGAUGAGGCAUUCAGUAGUGCCUAGUAAAUACGGUUAGAUGAAUAAACUGUAUAGGAGAGUUGAUUGCAUGUAAAGAGAACCUUUGUUGUUGUAUAUUUUUUUACUCCUUUUCCAGCUUCAGUGUUUGCUAAGCUUGGUCUGAAGGCAGCUGUGCUAAUUUCAUGCGUGAUCUCAAGGUUGCAUACAAAUGUUUGGUCCUGGGGAUAGAAUAGUAGUGUAAUUUGGUUGCUCAGUGGAUUGUUUGCUUGUAAUUCCCACUUCACUAAGAAGUGUGGCUAUCAGGCCAAACGUCUUAACAAGAAAGAGUUAAUUGCGGCAUCCUCUGAGAAUUGAAUCCGUUUCAGAUUCUCUAUAAUCUUUUUCGAAGCCACUGUCCUGGUGGUAAGGAAUGUUCGCCCUAACUCAUUUCAUGUCUCUAAACUCUCUCAAAGGGUUGAAGAGUUUGUCCCAAAUCUCAUUAAUUUAUAUUUGAGGUAGUUAACAUGAAAAUCUCUCUCCAGUUAAGGAAAAGAUACUAAAGCCACCGACGGCUUUUAGAAUUGGGAAUUUGUCGCAUAAAGUUCUUGCAAAGACUGUAUUCACUUGAUUAUUCAUCAUAUAUAAACUACGGUGUUAUACAAGGAUUUCCAACCCUGAGAAAAGCCGUAACAACACACGUGAAAAAAUACGAUAUUUUUUAAACGAGUAUUUGAUAUUGCCAAUCAGCUGCUUACACGUCACUCCAAUUUCGUGCCACUCGGUCAGGUUGAUGAAUGACAGGCAAAACCUCCGCCGUUCUCAAUCCAUGGUCGUUUGUUGGAAUUUUUUCGGAUUAUGGCUGCUGAAACACUGAAAAAUCCGUAUCGCUUACGGACAGUGACGUUCAAACUUUCCUAGAAGGGGGAGAAAACCAAAAUACGAAAAGAAAAACCGAAAGUUAGGUAUAAUUCAGGGGCUUUGGUAAUGGCAUUUCUCGCGGCUUAGAACGAAAAUUAACGACUAAAAGAUUUGCCACCGGCCGACUUUCGCCGUGUAUCUAAAAUAUUUCUUCUGUCGGUAGGGACCAAUCCAAUAAUUGAUGAGAAUUCUGUAUAUUGAAAAUUAGUUCGUUUUUGUAGUGAUUCAACGCAUGUUUUCAUCUUGAGUGCGCCAACACACUUAGCGAUUUUUAUUUUGAGGAUUUUGGUCUCUGCUCACGUUAUAAUAACGUAAAUUACGGCGCCUGGCAUGUUUACAAACAAUUUUUUUUGUUCUUCUGAUGCUACUUGUCGGCUCGCUUGUUCCGAAAUUUCACUUUCAAUUAACGAAAAAAAGCAAGAGAGAAGUUCCGGAAAAGGUUGGACAUAGUACAAUUUGGCAGAUGACGUGACAGCUUUAGCUCAGUUCUAUGCUCUAUACUCCUCUAGAGGACGCUCUUUCAACCAAUGACAGCAUUCGUUAUAUCCGAACUUUAUUAUAAAGCACAGUUAAUUUGCGAGGAUAAGAUCUACACAAACCAAUGGCCAUACACAUAUUUCUUAUCUCCAUCAUCUGCAUCAUAAACAUCAGUAACAUAUUCUGACUAGCACAGAAGUGGGCAACACCGAUCUUAACUGAAAAAUAGUUUUUUAGCUGCAUUGUCUUCGUUCAUUUCUUUCCAUACCAUCGAAUUCGACUCCUAUUCCUGAACUACUAUCAAAUUUCAUGAUGAUGACGAUGUUGAAGAUGAUACCUUCGCAUUGGAGUGACCAAAAAGAUUACCAAGGAAACGUUCGUUCUUUGAUUGAAAUUUGGUAGGAGAUUUCUUCUCAAAAUUAACCUUUCUUUUUUUAUUUUUUUUAUUUUUUUUUCAAUUUUAUUUUCACUAGUUCCCUUAAAGACGUGGCUUCUUGUUAGUCGAAAAGCGCUAACUUUCGCUGAAAUUUUGGUCAACUGGGAGUCUAUUGGUCAGUUUUUUAGAAGCUUUGUUGACCAGGUUCUUCCCGCUGAUACAGAACUCGCCGACAUGGGUGGAGGGUGUGUCUGCUUCACAGUUCAGGCAAGCAGUUUAAAGGGGCUCAACUCCUUGUGGACUAUGUACCAGGACGGCACACUCAAGGCACGCCUGCACGACUUCUUGGUGACUGAGAAAGUUAAGCUUCUUGCUGAAGCUAAAGAGAAUGUUGAACUAACAGUAACAAUUGAGGAAGAAGAAUACAUGAGAGCUUACAAUGAUCUAAAUAAUGAAGGCAAAGGUAACUAAGCUAGUGAACUCUGCAGGUAACGCAUAAAAUUAGUUCAAAAGGAUCAUUUUCCGGUAAGAUAUUUAACUAUAUCACAAAUCAGUUUUCACUCUGUCUUCAAAUAAGUGUUUUAAUUAUCAUGACCCGUACUCUAUUCGUUGUAAUGAACACCGGACGAAAAAAAUGGAUUUGCCUGGGUUGCAAACGUUGAACAAAUAUGAAACAAAUUUCACUUUUUCCUGAGUUUGCUAAUUUUUGCUCAGUGGUAAAGAUCAUCCUAGCGUCAUAUUUGCUUACGUGCUAAAUGUUGAGCGCUGUUAAGCAGUUGACCUUACUUUAUACCCUUCGAAAACAUGUGGUAAAAUUUAUAUUUUUGCCGACGUUUUUCUGAGGUAGCAAAAUAGGUGCAAACUUUGGACAGCAUACAAGUUUGCUUAGGUAAGCAAAUAUGUUCAAACUGUUAACUUUGAAUAAGUUUACAGUGGUUUGCAAAUGCUGCCAAAUCAUCGUCAUUGAACCCGUUUACUAGAGUAGUAAAUUUGCGUAAAAUAUCAACAAUGAACUUCGCUAGGUUUUUCAUGUGUGCAAAGUAUCAAUUCUGGACAAUUUUGCUUCGGUUUGUGUUUGCGGUCCAAACAUAAGUAUGCAUGUAGGUUUGCGCACGUUUGAAAGAUCAAAGCAUCGUGGUUAAAGCAUCGAUACUUAUUCAAAUUUACUCUGCAUUGUGAAUUUAUUUGAGUAUUCGAUCUGUAACCAUGCUUCGGGGAUUCUCUUCGAUUAUUGUACUAAGGCCUCCAUACACUUGAAAAACUUUUCGCUGCUGAUCUUGUCGGCCUUCGGUACCAUUUUGCGGGUUGCUUUCACGUGAGACUUUCGACUUGUGUAUUUAGAUCUUUAACAAAUCAGUUCUUUACGGCUGGUUGCUUUUCUGAGCUUCGGGCGGUCUUUCAAACUGAGCAGGUAAUUUAGUGUUAACAACUGGGUUGAAAACGUAAAUUAGCCACCGUAAAGGGUAAAAAAGCUGACGUUUCGAGCGUUAGCCCUUCGUCAGAGCGAUUAGAUUUCAAACUGAGCCGUUGACUCAACAAUAAUUCAAACGCAAAGUGGACAUGUAUUUGUGCAGUCCAUGCAGAUACUAAUAACUUGAUUUUUUUACUUUGAGGUGCACAACUGUACACAACUUUAUAUGUAACACGUAAUAGUAUUUUAGUGAACACUGUUAAUUAGUUACGGACUAAUUAGCGAGAUUUUAUUCGGUUAAAUACCCAAAGAGAUAAAUUGGAAUUAAUAGAUGUACCAGAACUCUUUUUAUAAUCAGCCGGUGUAGGUUUUUUUUGCGGUGAACAGAUGCUUUCCUUGAGGAAUCAUAUCCAAUUGUAGCAUCAAACAAAAUGGUAAUUUCGCAUUGAAUUGGCCCUCGUUUGUACACCAAGGCAAUAUUCCUUAUUUGCAAGGAAGUUUUUUUGCAUGAAUGGACGUUAUUUCCGGAGAUUUGACAUCGUUAUAAACUCAUAGUAAAUCACACUUUUCACACUUCACACUUUUAUUUUUCAUUUUCUUACAUAUUACAAGAUAUUCCUUUGACCCGCGGAUAGCAAAUGCUAAUCGAGGCGGGUCAAAUUUGUUUAUUUAUUUAUUUUUUACUGACUUCAUUUAAUUGCACUAGAAAUAAAAUGAAAAUGAAGAAAUAUAACAUAACAGGACAAAAAGAUACGCAAAAAAAAAGAAAAAUAGAAAAAAAGGAAAAUGGCAGAUGUUCAUUGUGAAGGAGAAAAAAAUCCUAGCGUUUCUAAGUGUACGAAAAAUAUUGUAGAACUGGUUUAAUUUGAUUCAAUUUUGCUGUGUUUGAAUUUUAGCAUUAUCUCAUCAGGCUCCAUAUAAGAAUCUUCAGUUUCUAGAAUAUUGAGAAGAGCUCUUUUUGUUUCUUUUUUGAAGGAUUUCUUUGACAAAUUUUUGUAUUCAUUAGGCAUCUCAUUCCAGACUUUGACACCAACACGCGAAAAGGCUUUUUUUUUUCAUUUUAAGCCUAGAGUACUUAACGCUAAAGAAUUGUGACGUUGAUGAG